AGGAGCAGGCGGUGCGAUGGGCGUGCGCGCGCGAGCGGAGCAGGGCUGACCCGUGGCCGCGGCCCACCUGCUGCGGGAGCCCACGCUGGGGCGCCCGGGCUGCGGGGGGCUGCGGGCCGAGGCAGGGAGUCGCGGGCCACCGAAGCCGGAGCGGCUCGUGGGCUAGAGCUGUACUCGCAGGCGGCCUCCGCCGCACCCCGCCGCGCGCUACCAAAGAUGGUCAGAGGGUCGGGAGGCGCCCCCGCCCCCGCCCCCGCCGGCCGCUAGUCGGGGUCCGCGUUCCGUGCCACCAGCGAGCCAUGGCUCUAAAAGGACAAGAAGAUUACAUUUAUCUUUUCAAGGAUUCGUCGCAUCCAGUGGAUUUUCUGGAUGCAUUCAGAACAUUUUACAUGGAUGGAUUAUUUACCGAUAUUACCCUUCAGUGUCCUUCAGGCAUCAUCUUCCAUUGUCACCGAGCUGUUUUAGCUGCCUGCAGCAAUUAUUUUAAGGCAAUGUUCACAGCUGACAUGAAAGAAAAAUUUAAAAGUAAAAUAAAACUGUCCGGCAUCCACCACGAUAUUUUGGAAGGCCUUGUAAAUUAUGCAUACACUUCUCAAAUUGAAAUAACUAAAAGAAAUGUGCAAAGCCUUCUUGAAGCAGCCGAUCUGCUUCAGUUCCUUUCGGUAAAGAAGGCUUGCGAGCAGUUUCUGGUCAGGCACCUGGAUAUUGAUAACUGUAUCGGGAUGCACUCUUUUGCAGAAUUUCAUGUGUGCUCUGAACUAGAAAAGGAGUCCCGAAGGAUUCUCUGCUCCAGGUUCAAGGAAGUGUGGCAACAAGAAGAAUUUCUGGAAAUCAGCCUUGAAAAGUUCCUCUUUAUCUUAUCCAGAAAGAAUCUCAGUGUCUGGAAGGAAGAAGCUAUCCUAGAGCCGGUCAUUAAGUGGACUGCUCAUGACGUAGAGAACCGAGUUGAAUGUCUCUACAACCUGCUAAGCUAUGUCAACAUAGACAUAGACCCAGUGUAUUUAAAGACAGCUUUAGGUCUUCAAAGAAGCUGUCUACUGACUGAAAAUAAGAUACGUUCCCUAAUAUACAACGCCCUGAAUCCCAUGCAUAAAGAGAUUUCCCAGCGGUCCACAGCCACCAUGUAUAUCAUUGGAGGCUACUACUGGCACCCUUUGUCAGAGGUCCACAUAUGGGAUCCUUUGACAAAUGUUUGGAUUCAGGGAGCAGAAAUACCAGAUUAUACCAGGGAGAGUUACGGUGUUACAUGCCUAGGACCCAACAUUUAUGUAACCGGAGGGUAUAGAACAGAUAACAUAGAUGCCCUAGACACAGUGUGGAUCUAUAACAGCGAAGGGGACGAGUGGACGGAAGGCCUGCCCAUGCUCAACGCCAGGUAUUACCACUGUGCAGUCACCUUGGGCGGCUGUGUCUACGCACUAGGCGGGUACAGAAAAGGCGCUCCCGCGGAAGAGGCUGAGUUCUACGAUCCUCUGAAAGAGAAGUGGCUUCCCAUCGCAAACAUGAUUAAAGGUGUGGGAAAUGCGACCGCCUGUGUCCUGCAUGAAGUCAUCUAUGUCAUUGGCGGCCACUGUGGCUACAGAGGAAGCUGCACGUAUGACAAGGUGCAGAGUUACAAUUCAGACAUCAACGAAUGGAGCCUUAUUACUGCGAGUCCACACCCAGAAUAUGGACUGUGCUCAGUUCCGUUUGAAAACAAGCUCUACUUAGUCGGGGGACAGACUACGAUCACAGAGUGCUAUGACCCAGAGCAGAACGAGUGGAGAGAGACGGCGCCCAUGAUGGAGAGGAGGAUGGAGUGCGGGGCCGUCAUCAUGAAUGGAUGCAUCUAUGUAACCGGGGGCUACUCCUACUCAAAGGGCACGUAUCUUCAGAGUAUUGAGAAAUACGACCCAGAUCUUAAUAAGUGGGAAAUAGUGGGCAACCUCCCAAGUGCCAUGCGCUCUCAUGGCUGUGUUUGUGUGUAUAAUGUUUGAGUCCACAGGUCGUCACUAGGGGCUUAGUAAAAAGAGUGCAGAGUUUGGGGUGCCUUGAUAUGGGCACAUGCUAAGGCAUUGGAACAACUAAUUCUAGCCCUGCACCAUCCCCAGACCCAGUGACUAAUGGGAAUAACAUAAGAAAAAUGUGAUGCAUGUAUAACGGUUGAGUUAGGGAGAGUUCACGUCUCCUGGAACCCCUGCCUUUUAAAGGCAGAGUGGAGUAUUUGACACUUGAUAAAGGUGAAAGCAUCUGCAGUGAAUCCUUUCUUCCUGGUAGCAUCAACACUGGGUAUAGUCAAAACCAUUCAUCCUGAGUUAUAAAAUGUUCGUUAAAGUCUGUGACAUAGCUAGGCAUGCUGACACAUGCCUUUGAUCCCAGAACUUGGGAGGCAGAGGCAGGCAGAUCUCUGAGUUGAAGGACAUCAAGGCCAGCCUGGUCUACAUGGCAACUUCCAGGCCAGCCAAAGCUACAUUGAGAACCUGUCUUUAAAAGCCUAUGUGUACCUGUGUGUAUUACGGGUCUCUAGCUGGCAGGAGUCUGAAAUGUAAAGAGGGAACCUUCUCUACCUCUACAAAACAACACUUUAAAUGCUUCCCUUUAGAAUUAGUUCGAAUGUGGAUUUACUUACAGCCUCUCCCCUUCGUGAUGUAUAUAAUUUAUUGCUAGCAUUCAUUGUUUACUAUCAGAGCUAUACUAAACACUGUACAAAUGAUAGUUACUGUUCAAAGAGUUGACAACUCAAUUUAAAAAAAAUAGCAACUCUAGAAAUGACUAAGAAAAUAGUCAAAUACUUGCUGAUGCUAAGGGCUGUACUUAAUUUUUAGCUUGGGUAUAAAUUGCUAGUUUAGGUUCUGGCUUAAGCAUGUCGGCAUAUCUUCUUUAUAGUUAGAUAUCUGCAUAUAAAUCUGAAUACCAGGGCCAGAAAGCAUGUAGAACAGCUGCGAGGCAGUAGAAAAUGCAUUGAGGAGAAGAAUUUGCAUUUAUUUGCCAGCUCUGCCACUAACCAGAUUUUGUGACUCGAGCUUCCUCACCCAUGUACACCGGCACUUUGAGACAUAGAUUUCUCUGUAUCAAGAGCCCCUGGACCUUUGAAGCCAGAUGAGGCCUGGGUGGCCUAUGGGCCAGAUGCACUCUUUUCCUCUGUGUGCCUGCAGGGUCACGUCCCAAAUGUGCCAUGACCUGGGGAAAAAGGGCAGCGCUGCUCAAGUAACUCAUCUGAGCGUGAGUGACCGUGAGACUAUCUGUUCCACGUCAGGUUGGUUUUAUUGUUUUGUUUUUGAAGAGAUAAUGCUUAAUUUUUACUUUAAAUAAAAGCUACUUCUGACUGAAAAAACUUUUAAGAAGACUAUUUAAUAUUCCCUUCAGGUAGCUUUUUAAAUAGACACAACCCUUUGGAGUUGCUCUGUGGUACUUUUUUCUAAAGAGUCAUAAAAGUGGCUGGGCUAGCAAGAUGACCUAGCAGGUGACAUUGCUGACCUCAGGCCAAGAGCUGCAUUUAACCCUUAGAACCCACUGUGGAAGGAGAACACGGACUCCUGAAAGCUGUCCUCUGCCUUCCACAUGUGUGUUGUGCUACACACACACACACACACACACACACACACACACACACAUAAUGGAAGGAAAUUUAAAGUUUUAAAGAGUUAUAUAGGAUGACUAUGUCCUUUGCCUUGUGAGCUCUUGUUAUUUUUAAACUAAAGAAUGAUGAAAAAAUGUUAACUGCAUGAGAGUGUGUAUGUGUGCAUUGGAGAAAAAUCUUUAUGUUAAAGAAAGUGUGCUGACGAAGUAGUGAGGUAUGCUGCCAUGACGACACUGUUGCCAUGACGACACUGUUGCCAUGACGACACUGUUGGGACGACUGUAGAAGUAUGUGUCUGUGCUACUAAGCACAGUGCCAGGUAGACUCACACGUAACGCCGUUACGUAAGCAUGCGGAAGGUGAUGUGCUAAGUCGUGCGAGCUUAGUGUACGGGGACGUGGAAUGGCUUUAGCUUUGUUGGACUUCUUUCUUUGUAUUUUCAAUAAAAAUACGUAAGUCACCGUA